CAAGCGCUCCUCCCGGUUGUCAACAUCCGGUCUGUGUGCGUGUAGCGGCGUGUUCCACGGUGUUCUACGGUGGGUUCUACGGUGUGUUUGUUCUACUGUGCGUUCCACGGCUACCUCCCGGAGGAGUCCGCCGCUUCACUGAGCUGAGACUGGACCGUCAGCAUGGCUCACCUCACCCAGAACCCCGCCGACAAGGAGAGGUUCAUCUGCGUCUAUCCGAUCUACAUCAACAGUAAGAAGACUCUGGCUGAAGGACGAAGGAUCCCAGCAGAGAAGGCGGUGGAGAACCCGUCCUGUGCUGAGAUCAGAGACGUGCUGACGGCCGCCGGGAUGAACGUCUACAUGGAGAACAAAAUGCACCCCAGAGAAUGGAACAGAGACGGCCAGUUCAGAGGACGAGUCAGAGUUCAGGUGAAGCAGGAAGACGGAAGCUUCUGUCUGGACAAGUUCACGUCCCGUAAAGAGGUGAUGUUCUACGUAGCGGAGAUGAUCCCUAAACUAAAGACUCGGACUCAGAAGAGUGGAGGAGGAGACACCAGCUCUCAGCAGGGAGAAGGAGGCAAGAAGAGCAAGAAGAAGAAGAAAUAGACGCAAAGAAAUCACCUGUUUUCUUUUUUUUCUUUUUUAUUCAUUUUAAAUUUGACAUCAGAAUCUAAACUGAAGGUGGAGCCUGUUUUUUGUGAGUAUUUUUAUUUUUUUUAAGGGUUUGUUGUGAACUCAGAGACUCGUUCAGCUGUUGGCGUCCAACAUGAAGUCUGUUUCCUCUUUAGUUCUUUAUAUUUAAGAGUCCACUGAUCACCUCUGACCUGCUCACUGCUCAUCAUGUCGUCUCUAAAACAACAGAUAUUAUUAUUUAGUUUGUGAAGAACACAUCGCUCCUCUUCCUCGUCAUGUUGUUAACUUCAUUGUGUCGCUUUGAAGACGAUGAAUAAAAGAGUUUGGUUUCAUCUGA